ACGAGGAAAAUCGCCCUUAAAAGUUGUUCUUUUCUAUCAUUAGAUUGGUUUUUAAUCUCGAUGAGAACUGCUUCAUCGGAUAGAACUUGAAAAGAUGUGUCGAAUGCGUAUCCUGUUGUCGUGUGUUGACAUGGUUUUAAGGAGGAAGUAUGGUUUACAAAAAAGGCCUACUGUUCGGAAAAAACGAUUUUUUAAACAUUCUUCUGAGAAUGGGCUUAACAUUUUGGAACUUUUUGUCCCUUAGGGAUUUUACAGCGUUGCACGUAUAGACUGUAAUCUGACGGUACCAACUCAUGAAUGUGUUUCGCUAAAAAAUGAUGAAAAUGCCCACAAAAAAGAAGAAAAACAUUGUUAUUCAUUACUUGUAUUUAUUUUAUUUUUAAUAUUUACAUUUAUUUCCACAAUGAAUGCGUGUGAUGUAAUGGGAUCAAGAGCUUGUGGUGAAAAACCAGGAAAAGAAUUGAAAGAAGAUGAUUCGAUAAAAUAUUGUUUAGCUUCAAAAGUUUAUUAUGAAUGUAUACAUAAAAAAUAUCGAGGCUGUGAGGCUAAAGAAAAAUAUGAAAAUGCAAUGGAAUCAAUGUUAAAAGGAAUAAAACGACGUGUGUCCGAACUUCAGACAUUCUGUGAUAAUAAAAUUGAAGAUUUCAACGUUAAUAUAGUAUGGGAAGAGAAAAAAGUGUUGCCGGAUCAAGAUUCUGUACGUGGUAAUCAUCAAACAAUUGGAAAUAGUCCUGUUAAUAGUGGAAUAGGAUCAAGUAUAUCAUCCAAUGUACAAAAAAAUGAUUACUGUUCAAUUUCUGCUAUCAAUCAAUUUUGUGAACCGUUGAGAGUUGUUCGAUUUCUUAAUAAUUGGAAUAGUUUAAUAAAACGACAAUGGUGUAAUCAAGGACAAGUAUUUUAUCGUUGUAUAAAAAGUCGUGUUGAAACAUGUAAUGAUCAUGACAUACGAAAACAUUUUGAAAAUAUUGAACAUUAUUUACAAUCACAAAUAAAUGCUAAUUGUCCAGGUGGUACCGAAGGAUGUCAAAAAUCAAAUGAUGUAAGAUGUAAAAUUGGAACAUUUCAAUCAAAUCGAACAAUAAUUAUCAAUUAUUCUCGAAUGAAUAUCAUGCUCAUACUCUUAUUUCUAUAUAGCAUAAAAACAUAUGCAGGACGUUUUUCAUAG